AUGAACGGCAGCGCGAAUGGCAGGCUCGAGCAACUGCCCGAAGAAAUGUUCAGCAUCAUCAAAGCCUCCUCACAGGGACUAGGACCUCGAUUGGGUAGGCUUGCACUUCCCGGGCGACAGCUGAUCGAUACACCGCAUUACUUGGCCAAUACGUCGCGCGGAGUCGUACCGCAUAUUACACAAGAUACGUUCCGUCGGGACACACACAUCAGCGGUGCUUACUAUGCUCUGGAGGACUUCAUAGAACGAGCGCCUCUUGAGGGUCCUCCUCUCUACCAAUACUGCCCUCCGAACGGUGGAUCUCCGAUCCGAAAGUUCACUGCCUUGCCGGACGAUACAUUGCUGGUCCUCGGAGCGCGGAGGACAGAUCCAAUCAUCGCGCCGGCCGCGAACUCCAACACAGAUCACGCCGUGUCAAUAUGUACCUCCGUGGGAUUCCAGCAGCUGAAAGACCGUGACUAUGCGGAAGCAGUUGAACGAUUGAAGGUGGACAUUGUGGUCGGACUUGGGGACAUUCCUUAUGGUCGCGAGUUGGGCAAGAAGAGGGUUGAAAAGGCGGAGGAUAGGACAAUGCAAUGGCUGGAGAACCAUGUUGCAGCCCGAAAGUCUUCUGAUACUGGCAAAGCCCGGCUCGUUGCGUCACUUCUGCCAUUGCCAUGUGCCAGACAGGUUUCCUUGAUUGACCUUGUGGCAGAGGAGCUGGAUGAUGAAAUCUCGGGACUUGCCAUCUACCACUUGGAUACUCUGGACGAUCUACCAAACAACCUGGCACAUCUACCCCGUCUGGACUUCUCCGUGCCGCGAACUCCAAGURAGGUCCUCCAGCAUAUCCGUCGUGGGAUCGACAUUUUGACGAUUCCUUUCAUUGGAGCCGUCACAGAUGCUGGGAUUGCGAUGGACUUUACUUUCCCUGCAACCAAAAAGCUAUCGAACGGGCAUACGUACACCGAUCCAAUGUCUCUCGGCGUCGAUAUGUGGGAUGCGACACAUGCUGUGGACCUCUCUCCUCUUAGUAAGGAAUGCCAGUGCUACGCGUGUACCAAUCAUCACAGGGCAUAUCUCCAGCAUUUGCUCGCUGCAAAGGAGAUGCUCGGAUGGGUUCUACUGCAGAUCCACAACCACCAUGUCAUGGACCAUUUCUUCAAAGGAAUUCGAGCAAGCAUAUCUCGGGAUACAUUUGAUGAAGAUGUGCUACUGUUUGAGAGGACGUAUGAGAGUCAUCUACCGGAGAAGACUGGUCAGGGACCGAGGUUGCGUGGCUAUCAAUUCAAGUCCGAAGGACCCGGAGAGCCGAAGCGGAACCAAGCUGCAUUCUCGAUGCUCAACGACCAGAAAGAGAAGCUUGCUGAGGCCAAUCCUCCCAAUGGCAAUACCAAUGCGCAUGAGUUGCAGGCCCAAGGCUUUGCUCAAAAGGCCUGA